AGUUAUCAUUAUUGGCCACAUAAAUAGAAAGCUAGAAGUAAGGCAUUGUUUGAGUCAUAAAGCUAAUUUUUUAGUUGUUGAUACUAAUUUCACAAUAUUUUCAGUUUACACUUGAUGAAACUAUAAUUGUUUUUGUAUGAAUGCAAUUUCACAGAUUCAAUAUAUAGUUGAAAGUUUGAUCAAUAUGCAACAACACUUAUGUUUUUUUUAUAAACUAUAUAGUAAAUGGCAAUUCAUUCCAUCGAAAAAGUUUUUAUCCGCUACUGCAGCGAAUAGUAUUCUGAAAUGGGCAUGUUAUAGUACCAAUCUUAGUUCUAAAAAAAAAAUGUUACCCUAUACGUCUAUUUCAUUUCUUGAGAAAUAUUCGACAUGUCGUGGUUUUGCAAGUACCAAUUCUAAAGAUCCGUACGAAGUGUUAAACCUACCUAGAAAUGCCUCUUUAGCAGAAAUCAAAGCUCGAUAUCGCAAACUUGCAAAGAAGUAUCAUCCGGAUGUUUGUUCUGAUAAAAAUGCAGCACAAAAUAUGGCAACGUUAACGUCCGCCUAUGAAAGUCUUCUUCAGGCUACUAAUAGCGUAAACAAAAAUCGUUUUCAAUCGGAAUCACAUUAUGGUGAUACUUUUUCAUUUGAUCAUGGCUUUCAAUCCUACGCCGAUUCUUUUAAUAUUUCUGAUAUAAAUAGUUACCUAAGAGAUACACUGUUUAAAAAUAACAUUCGUUAUUCCAACUCAUCAAAUCUUCGUGGUGAACAUUUAGUUACCGAAAUCUCCGUUGAAUUUAUGGAAUCGGUAAAAGGAUGUCAAAAAUAUAUUCAUUUAAAAAAAAAAAAAAAAUGCUCCACAUGCCAUGGAAACAAAUGUUCGCCAGGUUAUACACCAUCGCAAUGCCACAAAUGUGAAGGUUCGGGUCUUAAUAAACGUGAACAUGGGUCUUUUGUCGUUGCCACGGAAUGUUCUAAUUGUAAAGGAUCAGGUCAGAUUAUAUCAAUGCCUUGCAGAGAUUGCAACGGUUCCGGAAUUCAACUACAAGAUUCUAUAAUAAAUAUUUAUAUUUUCCCAGGUAUUCGAGAUGGGAUGCAAAUAUGUGUACCCAAUGAGGGUCACGCAAGUUCUCAUCAAAAUAUCUCCGGAGAUCUAUUCGUAAAGGUUAACGUGAAACCCCAUUCCCACUUUAAAGUUGAAGCAGAUGAUUUAUAUAUAACGGUGCCUUUGACUUUUAAACAAUUGCUAUUAGGUGACACCAUUGAAGUGCCCACUUUAAACCAACCUAUAACAAUAAAAUUGGACCCCGGAGAAGAUAUUGGGAAGAGUAAAAGAAUUAAAGGAAAAGGGUUGAAACGAAUACAUCAAGAUGGGCAUGGAGAUCUUAUAAUACACUGGGGAUUUAAAACUCCUGCAAACCUCAGUGAUGAACAAAAAAAUAUGGUCCUCAAGUUAAAUGGGUCGGACUAAUGUAGUGACGUAUCGUUGAAGCAGAACUUCACAUCGAGUUAAAUUGUAAUUCACAUGUGCAAUGCAGAAAAAAGGUUCUACUCGAACUUAUAUCGCGUUAUGCAUCCAUUCCAAAAAUUUUUUUAAAGUUUAUUGCAUUCACGACAUUCGUAAUAAAACGAAAAAUGUACUUAUUGCAUAGCAUGACAUGUCGUUGUAGCUUUUAAUUUAAAAAAAUCAAGUAAAUAUAAACUCAUUUACUAAAAAAAGUAUUAUUUUUC